CAAAAUUUUAUUAAGUCUGUAAACCAAAAAGAAAAAAAAAUCAUAAGGAAAUUAAGAUAAAUUUACAACUGUUUGAUAAAGAAAGGAAAAUAGGGCAAAAGUGGCAAAUACACAGGUAGAGCAGAAUUUAGAUGGAAAUGUUUAUUUUUUUAAACAUUUUCAUCACAAAAUAGAAAGAAAAGACAAUCUAUGCAUUCAACUAAAGAAGUAUGAAAUAGAGCAACAAAGUAAAAUUAAAGAAGCAAGAAGGAAGGAUAACUGAAGUCAGAAAUAAAUGAACUAAAGAAGGUCAGAAUGCACACUGGAGAGCACAGAGUGAAUGUACUAUUAUCAUUAUGCGCCUUCAAACACUAUCUUCAAAUAAAACAGACACCCAAUAUGUAAAGCAAAUAAGAUGUGUCACUCUGGCUGAGGUCUGGGGGAAAGACAACAGGAGCCCUGCUCCCUAACUCCUAUUCCUUGAUUUCCUCCCACUGAGGAACACAUUUUGAAAAAUCACUGUUUCAGAAGCUCUGUGGUAAAAAACAGAACCUGAAUGAAGUUAGUGACAGAUUCACAAAUCAGGAAAAAGGACCUUCUUAAGCUUCAAAAUGUGCUGGUGGUAGAAUGCAUUUUCUAAGGGGUAAGCAAGCAAGCAAAACAAACAAACAAAAACAAAUCAAAAAAGCCUUGAAACAACUAAUGCAGGACUGCUUCGGAUAUCAUUGAUUUUUUUUUUAUUCAAAUAUACUUUUUUCCAGCAUUUCCAUUAAACUAAUAACUGUGCAGGAAAAUAACAUUUUUCGAGAGGAAAAAAAAUCAGAGCCUGUAUGUCUUUAGUGAUGUAUCUCAAAUAAAGCAAAUUAAUAUACAUUCUGAUUGAUAUACAUGUAUCUGAUGAUACAUUCUGAUUCUGUUGAUUCUGCAGUCUCCACCCUAUGCUAGGCCCAGGAGUGUGGAAAAUGCCUGGGAUUCUCAACUUGGUUGCCUGUUAGAACCGUAUGCUCACAUUUUACCCCAGACCAAUUACGCGGAGUCUCUUAUGGUACACUCAGGCACAUGUGUUUUAGAAACCUCCUUUUGGUGUUCCAAGUGCAAUCGAAGUUAAGAAUCACUGCCAUAGGGAAUGCUUAAAAGGAUGCUCAGCAUCUACUUAAAUCCUACCCUAGUCAGUUCUUAGUUCUUCCUCUUCUAGGCUUGAUCAGUAUCUGAAGACAAAUAUGGAAAAUUAAUCAAAUGGGCAUACAGCAGGAAGAUAGGGAGAGCAAAGACAGCACAGCACCCCCAAACAUCUCAAUAAGCUGUGUGGAUGGACUAACUCUGAGAGGACAGCAGCUAAUGAAGAUUAAAAACAAAAACAAAACACAGCUCAAAUCUCAGGCACAGUGAACCAAUCUCACAAAUGCAGGGUAACAAGGGACGUGACUAAACAGCAGUACACAUGAACAAAUCUUGAGUAAUUUAAUUGAAGUGUAGUGUGUGUGAGUCAACACUGAUUUGGCUGCCAGAAAAUAAACUCCAUCCAAGGCUGCAUCAACCAAUGUAUGAUAUUUGGACAAGAAAGACCCUUUUUGCAUGCUUCUUGGGACACUUUAAGUAGUGAGUCAUGUUCUGAGGAGUAUACUAUCUGAAGAAGAUGGAAAAUCAGAGUAUGGUCGAUGAGGGAACUUGUAGCCGUCUUUCAAAAAAGGUGGGGGGCUAUUUAGCUGGGAGGAAAGCAUAGGGAGAACAUCAUGCCAGAUCUUUUCACAGUAUUUGAAGAACUCACAUAAGAAAGUUAGACCAGAUUCGUGGUGGAAAAUCCAGAAGUCAAAGCCAUGGACAGAUAGAAGGAAUCACUUGUCAGCCAAGUUGACCAUCAGAAAGGAAAUGGGCAGACACCCAGAACAGUGGGCUCCCUGUCCUUGGUGGCAUCUGAGGCUCUGAGUAAGUCGUGGGUGAGGGGAGUUUCAGAACUCGUACAUGUGAAUCGAUAGGACAUUGUCUUCUCCAACCUAAGAUUUUAUGAUCAGUGUAUCUAAAGUAACUAGGGAGUCAACGCGGGACUUUUCAUGUUCUGUUCUGUGAGCUGCUAAAAGCCUGAGCUGGGUCGCCUGCAUUCAGGCCACCUUGCCUGGGAAAAAGUGGGCCAGCAGGGCAACCAGCCCCUGGUGGUGUUCCAGCGCAGAGAUGCUCUCUUUCCACAGAUGUCACUUCUUACCAUGUGCUUAACACAUGGGUCUCUCUCUCACUCCCUUUUUCAACUUCUUGCAGAAGCUUCUCCUGGAGAGUCUGGCCCUUCUUCCCCCCUGCUACAGGAUCUGGAUUCCUUAGGGACCCUGGGCAUUCACCCCACGGCCUGCACUUCACUCUUGCUCCCCCUCACCCCCAGUUGCCCGUCGCGGGGAAAGAGGGGGCAGCUGCUGAUUCCCAGGUCCUGGCGGGGGUCUCGCCUGGUGCUGACUUUCUCUCGCACCUUCUGCAAGUGCGGGCUCCUUCCACACCUGGAGCCGGACGCCAGGAGCCAGGCGGCCCAGCGUCAGACGGGUGCCGGGGCUGCCCGGGACAAAGGGGCAGCUAGGUCCUCCCAGCGCACCUACUUUCUCCCGCUCCCCCUGUGCGCUGCGUGGCCGGCGCCUCAGAGCCUGAGCCUAGGCCGCGCCCCAGGCCGCGCUCCCGGGGGGCGGGAGGAGGGGCGCCGGGUGGCGGGGCCGCGGGAUGCUCCGGGGAGACAGCUUCCGAGGCGAGUGCGAGGGGAGGGCGGCCGGGCUCUGCACGCUCCCUCCCUCGGCCGCUUUCUCUCACAUAAGCGCAGGCAGAGGGCGCGUCAGCCAUGCCCUGCCCCUGCGCCCGCCGCCGCCGCGCAGCCCCGCGCCCCAAGCUCCCCGCCUUGCCGCCCGGCGCCCCGCCGCCCUCCUCCCGCCCCGGCGCCGCCGCCGCCGCUCCCGCCACCCCGGCCGCCCGGCUCGCCCCGCUGCGGGGAAGGGGAGGGCGGGGGGCCCGGGGUCGCUGCAGAGCCCGAAGCGCGCGGGGCGUCUCGGCUUGGCCCGCUCUCGCCCCGGAGCGCUCGCAGGGACGCCGAGCAAGGCGCCGUCCGCCCGAGCCCUCGCCUCACCUCGCGGGCCGCCGACGCGGGGCGCUCGGAUGUCCGGUUUCCUGUGAGGCUCUCCCCUGACCCCGCCGCCUCUGGGCACCGGCCGGGAGAGCGGCGCGCAGCGUCGGCAGCGCCGAGCCCGGACCCGCUCCAGCCGCCCCGGCUCGCCGCGGGGUCCCCGGGCAGUCCUCGGGGACAGGGCCGAGCGGCGAGCGCAGCCGGGCCGGGCGCGCUCGCCGUGGGUCCACCAUGCACUUGCUGGGCUUCUGCUCUCUGGCGUGUUUGCUGCUCGCCGCUGCGCUGCUCUUGGGUCCUCGGCGGGCGCCUGCCGCCGCCGCCUUCGAGUCGGGACUCGGCUUCUCCGACGCGGAGCCGGACACAGGCGAGGCCAAGGCUUAUGCAGGCAGAGAUUUGGAGGAGCAGUUGCGGUCGGUGUCCAGUGUUGAUGAACUCAUGACUGUACUCUACCCCGAAUACUGGAAAAUGUACAAGUGUCAGUUAAGGAAAGGAGGCUGGCAACAUAACAAAGAACAGGCCAGUGCCAAUACAAGAACAGAAGAGAGUCUCAAAUUUGCUGCAGCACAUUAUAAUGCAGAGAUCUUGAAAAGUAUUGAUAAUGAGUGGAGGAAGACUCAAUGCAUGCCACGGGAGGUGUGUAUAGAUGUGGGGAAGGAGUUUGGAGCAGCAACAAACACCUUCUUUAAACCUCCAUGUGUGUCCGUCUACAGAUGUGGGGGCUGCUGCAACAGUGAGGGCCUACAAUGCAUGAACACCAGCACAAGUUACCUCAGCAAGACGUUGUUUGAAAUUACAGUGCCUCUAUCUCAAGGCCCCAAACCAGUAACAAUCAGCUUUGCCAAUCACACUUCCUGCCGAUGCAUGUCGAAGCUGGAUGUUUACAGACAAGUCCAUUCCAUUAUUAGACGUUCCCUGCCAGCAACACUACCACAGUGAG